UCCCAAUUCUCCAUAACAUGGUCCAGCAAUUGUGCCUAGUGGCAACGAUCCCUCACAACAAGUACAUCCAGACGGUGUCUACUUUGAAAGCCCUUACCGGUAUAGAAACCCCUCAAGAUAUAGCCACUUAUACCCUUCUAACAAAACCAUACCAAGAAUUCAAACCCAAAUUAGAACCAGGUAAAGUCAACCAAAUCGAACAAUAUUUUAUGAAAUGUGUAACGACAUGGGAUGAUCAAACAAGUGCGAAAUUUGAUAGUGCCAAGCCAGUAUUGAAAGAUGAUAAGGAAGGUGUUUGGGCUGAUACUCUUUUCUCUGAUCUGUCCACCACAUCCAUUAAACGUAAUUGGACUCUACAAAUAUCAGAUAUCCCUACUGCAGGGAAAAACCAAACAUGUUCAGCACAAACAGUUUAUGAAAGCACAUUAGUUCAUCAUCAUUCAAGAACUGAAAAUAAAACAUCAGAAGGAACUCAACAAGAAUCAUUUCUACUGCUUCUACACGAUUUAGGUUAUGAAGUCAAGAAUCAAUAUUGGAUCCGUGGAGUAAGAUACUUCCAUGGAGAUAUCUUCAUUGAAAUAUUUAAAGUUUUCAUCCGAGAUGACGACUUUGAAUCGCAAAAUAAUCAAAUUAAAUUAAAAUUACUUGACCAGUCAAACACAUUCCAGGUUAAGGUUUAUAUUAAUGUGCCGCGAGCCACAGAUGUAGAAUUGAUCAACCAAGCAUCGAAAAAUCUUUUAAAGUUUCAAGAACUUGUUAAGAACUUGAUAAAUUUGGAAAUUCCUGAUAGAAUGUAUAUGGAUUCACGAGUAAAAUAGGUAUAAAUUAUAGGAGUU